AUAUUUCUUUUGGGGUUUUGUAUUGGUUGGCGCUUCUUUAUAGUUUUUUUUCGAAGAACCAUGAUCGGCAAAAGCAGAAUUUCAAGCAGAGCACUCGCUGCAAAUGGCGUCGUCGGAUCAAAUAACGAAACACAAUCAGAUUUGGAACCGACAACGAGUAAUAAUCAACAGAAGAGCGAGCAAUUGAGUUCGCACUUAAGCGAUGGAGUUAAAUAUAUCUAUUUUACACCAAAUACGCAAGCAAAUGGUUAUGAUUUCAUAGCUAAAAGCAUUAAAACCAAAGACUUUAAUAACGUUCGCAUCGCCAUAAUUUGCGAGCAUGCGACAAAUGCGCAGCAAAUGAUGAGAGAAAUGGGGAAGCGCAGCGUGGCCAGCCUCUUGCUGACCACCGCCACAACAACGGCCAUCGCCAAUAAGAAAGCCUCGCUGGAUGGGCUGCUGGCAUUGCAGAGUGACGGCGUGCUCACAUCAGUGUUGAUUGCCACCGACGACAUGCUGCCGACUUUGGCGCAUUAUGGCAAAGUAAAGGUCGAGCUGUUGAUACAUUCCACACAACCGUUACCGCAUGUCUUUCAAAAGCGCGCUAACACGUUUAUCCUAUCAGAAGGGAAUGAGAAGGAGCGCCAAGUGAUUGUCAUACGAACGCCAGCAGUUGUCGAGCAAUUAUCACAAAUCGAAGCUAGUAAUCCAAUCGAUGCAUUGCUUUCGCCAUUACCUUCGCUAUUGCCUUCGCCAAUGCGUUCUCCAUUGCCUUCUUCAUUGUCUUCGCCAUUGCCUUUGCCUUCUUCAUUGUCUUCGCCUUUACCUUUACCUUUGUUGAGCCAACGAAGUCCAACGCAACUGGAUGACGAUGCCAUGUCCUCAACUUCAGUAUCUUCCUGUUCGCUGCAAUCGAUGCCACAUGAUCCAAUUGAAGAUGCAUCUGCUACAAGUAUGCUCAACACCUAUAACAAAUUCGAAGUGCUGGCUUUAAGUAAGCAAAAGCUGGAAUCGUGCUAUCAAAUAAGCGACAUCAAGGCACUCGAUGGACGUAUUAAGGCAGCUAUGACAGAAAUGAGCCAUGAGCAUGGCAAGAAGCCACAUCGCUAUGCCUGGCCACAUACGGCGAAUCAUCGCUCGCUUUGCGUCAUAGGCUAUGAGGCUUCUGGCAAAACAUGGAGCUAUUUACCCUGGCUGUGCCACAAAGCUCUCCAGAAUGCGGAUGAAGGCAGGUUGGGUGCUUGUUGCAUCAUUUUGUGCCCCGACGCGCGACAUGGCGAAAAAAUCGCUGUUUGCUGCGAAAAACUACUGAGCACUAUGGAUGAGAAGAAACCUGUGGUGAUGCGACUAUUUGAACAAGACAAAAUCCAAAUGGUUUUGGCAACACUGAAGGUUACUUGCGGCAUUCUGAUGACCAGCGUUGAGCUGCUGUUGCUGGCCAAAGAUGAGAUAAUCUUCGAUGCCAAUUUUGUGCGCUGCAUGGCUUUUGAUAACAUCAAUGUGCUGUGGAAUCAGAGCAAAAAUGAUUGCGAACAAUUGAUUGAUUGGUUGUUCGAAAACCUUAGCAUUGGAGUGAGUGGCACACAAAUGCUAAUUAGUGGACGUCAGUGGUGCGAGGCGGUGAUGAAUCGUUUGCUACCCAAGCUGGAUGAUGUGCUGCUCUUGUUUACGGAUGCGCUGGAGGCAUCUCUUUAUGGCCGCAUUCAGCAGGAGAUGCUGUUCAUUGAUCCACAGCGUUGCGAGGUGGAAAUACUCAAAGUGCUGCUUUCCAAAAAUCUGAAGGAGGAACGUGUGGUCAUGGUGUGUGACAGCAAUGACGAAGCAAAUUACUUAAUGAUCCAUCUGUUGUCCGCCGGCAUUCGCAGCAUCAUUAUCAAUAAGAGCAAUCAAGUGAAUACCUUUAAGAAAUGGAGUCACGAAAAGAGACGAAAUGUGGUCAUUGCUAUCGAUGAUAUGAUACCCAAGUUGCGUGGCGGUCGCAUCGAUCUCUUGUUCCAUUAUAAGCCUGCGAGCAACUGGCGACGUUUCAAGACCCGUUUCGGUCUCUUCUAUGGCAAUUAUAAAACACAGACUAAAGAGGAGAGUCAUUCGAAUGCCACAUCAAUAAUUUGCAUCACGCAGAAGGACGGCGAUGUCAUUUGGUGCAUGUGCAAUUUUCUGCUUAAGCAUGAGAUUGCUGUGCCCUCGGCCUGGUUGACGUCCUUUAAUGAGUUUCGCUUGACUGCAGAGCGUCUCAAUCCCAUACCCAAGCAACCGAUGUGCGAACAAAUGCUGUCCUACGGCAACUGCUGGGUACGCAAGUGUCAAUAUCGUCAUCAAGUGGCCCAAAAGGAACUAGCACGACCCAUUGAGUACUUUAAUAAAUUGCAUAUUGAAUUUUAUAUAUCAUACAUUCAUACACCAACACGCUUCGUUAUCAAGGAUACAUCAUUACCCAUUGCUCAUCUGUAUGGCGGGCUUCCUAUUACCAAGCUGGAAGACUCGAUCAAUUUGCAUUAUAUCAAAGCAAGUAAUCGCAGCCUACACCCCAAUCCUAGGCUCAAUGAUAUUUGUGUUGUUGAACUGAAAGAGCGUUAUCAACGUGUUGUUGUGAUCGGCGUGAAUGGGAAACAGAUUAAGGUCCGGCAGUUGGAUAAUGUCAUGGAAGAGGUGAAUAUCAAGGCCUCGGAAGUUUUUGUAUGCAAGGAGUUCUUCAUACACGAACCUGUUCAGUGCCAGGAACUGUGUCUAACGGGCAUUAUGCCAUGUACUACGGAACGUAUUUGGUCAGCCGAAGACAAGAAAUUGGUGCUCAAUGUGUUUUUGAAGGAACGGCAGACGCAUCGAUUGAGUGUUUUUAAUGCCGAUAUUGAUUUCGCCUUUAAUGAUAAGUAUUUUGCGCGUAAUAUCUUUGACAGCAAUGGUAAUGACCUCAAAAGUUUUGUACUCAACAAUAUGCCAGUGCUGCAUGAUGAGAAAGUUUUGAUUAGUUUGCAAAAAUUGUUUAAUUAGAUUUGUUUACGCUACUGAGAUAUUCUUUCGGCAGCUGUUCAAAAUGCUGACAAUAAAGUUAUUGUUGGCAAGUUACAUUUCAAAACGCUCAAUUUAAAUUUUGCUUUUGACACAAUCUUUUAUUAUUUGUGUUAUUAAUAUUUUCCGUUAAUAUUAGUGCUAAACACAAUUGUAUGGCAAAACGAAAAUGCUGUUUAAAAAAA